AUGUCUUUGCAAAGGUCGGCCUAUGCCUUCACCAAGCUCGCCAAGGGUGGCCCGCUUCGAGGCUCGCUUCGAACGUUGCGGUCAGGCAGCGCGCCGCUGCGCGAGGUGCGUGCAUCGCAGCACCAGCACCCGCAGCAUCGGCGUGAAGCAGGCUUCUUUACGCCCACUGGCCCCACGGCCCGGUCCGGAAAGGAGGGAGAGGAAGGUGAAGAGCCGCGCCAGCCCGAACGUCCCUCUUUCGAUCCACAAAGACGGGUGUCAGACCGCGAGUACAUGCUGCGCGUGGGCCGAGCAUACGAUCUCCUCCGGGGUACCAUGCCCGAAUUCAUGCGCACAGGUCUGGUCGACUACGACUCGGCCUCAACCUCGUCCUCGCACGGCAUGAGCCUGCUGGAGGCAUUCACAUUCCGCAGGCUGCUCAGCAACGAUCGCAGCAACGAAGAGCGGCACAGCAAGGAAAAGCUGGGCGAGGAAGAGGAUCUGGGCCUGGAUCGCUUCAACCGGGCCUAUCACCCGGCCAUCCACUUCCGCUUCUGUGCCCACGUUCCCUCUUCACACUCGUCUUCGACAAUGUCAUCGUCGUCGCCCUCACUCUCGCCGUCAAAUGGGGGUGCCCAAGGCGACGAGGACGCAUCGCUGUCGUUCUCUGGACGCAGCCUGUACUUUGCGUCUGCGAGCGUGCUUCGCCACACCCUCAACGCCCUCUUCAGCGAGGCUCGCGUCGACGUCGAGCGCAUUCGUCUCGAGAGAAGGGACGGGUCCCUGUGCAGCCAGGGUGGCGGCACCAUGACUGGCGCAAGGAACCAUGUGCUUCACCUUCGAGCCACAUUCACGGGCAAGCUGCGAAUGACAAGGGCGCCUCAUCGCUACACGCUCGUCUUCAAGUACGACUUUGACGACGAUACGGGUCUCAUUUGUCGGCAUACAGUCAUGCGCAUCGAGCCAGAAAUUGGUAAGAAGCUCUGGGCAGGCUUGUCGACGGUGUGGCAGCGCCUUGCGGGCCUCGCCCCUCAGGAACCACAUCCGCAGACGGCCCAUGCGCACUGCAACGGACGCGUACGAUAUGUUCUAGAAUCAGCGUCACCUCAUCGAGGUGAGGUCCACGCCAGGCUGGUACUCUUGCCGAGAGCUGCACCGAGAGGACCAAUCUCCCGUCAAUCCCACCUUGAAUCUUGA